AAAAGGAUUUGGAAGAUGGUUGGAGAUUUGAAAAUUGUGAAAUUUAUUUUGUGUUUUGCAAUUUUGGCAUUUGCACUUUCGAACGCGGAGGCCAUUUCACAGGACGGUUUAAAUGUGAAAUCGAAAUCAGUGUCAGAUGAUAAUGAGAUAAACUAUCGCUUGCCCGGUACUGCAAAACCCAGCCACUAUGAGCUGUAUUUGCAUCCCGAUAUCAAUGCCGGAAAAUUCUCUGGCCAAGAAGUAAUCACAAUCGACAUUUUAGAAGAAACUGAUCAAAUUGUGUUGCAUUCAAAUCGAUUGUCGGUCAGCAGUGUCUUUGUGGCUGGAGGAACGCAGGCAAAAGUGUCUCAUUAUUAUUAUGAUUUGGCGCUGGAUUUUCUUGUUAUCAACAUGACUGAAAAGUUGGCGCCCGGCGCUCGUUUUCGUAUGGGCUUUAUUUUCGAAGGCGACAUGCUGGGUAAGAUUGUUGGCUUGUAUGGGAGCUCAUAUACCAAUCCCAAUGGGGAAAAGAGAAAUAUCGCAACCUCUCAAUUCGAACCCACCUAUGCUCGACAGGCCUUUCCUUGUUUCGAUGAGCCAAACAUGAAGGCUACAUUUAAUAUAACUUUGGUAACACCUGCUGGUGAUAAUUACCAUGCCUUAUCCAAUAUGGAUAUAGAGAGUACCGUUGACUUGGGCGAUUACAAAGAGGUCAAUUUUCACCAAACUGUUCCAAUGAGCACAUAUUUGGCUUGUUUUAUUAUUUCGGAUUUCGCCAGCACCUCUAGAGCAGUUAGCGCUGAAUAUGGAGAUGAUUUUGAAAUUCGGAUAUAUGCAACCGCUCAUCAAUUGGACAAGACAGAAUUUGCAGCAGACACUGCGGCCGCAGUCACAGAAUAUUUCAUCAAAAAUUACAAAGUGGCAUAUCCUCUGCCAAAAUUAGAUAUGGCUGCUAUUCCUGAUUUUUCUUCAAAUGCUAUGGAGAACUGGGGGUUAGUUACAUACCGUGAAACUGCUUUGCUGUACGAUCCUAGCUAUAGUUCGACGUGGAAUAAACAACGAAUUGCCGCCGUUAUUGCCCACGAAUUGGCUCAUAUGUGGUUUGGAAAUUUGGUUACCAUGAAUUGGUGGAAUGAUUUGUGGCUAAAUGAAGGUUUUGCACGUUUUAUGCAAUACAAAGGAAUUCAUGCCAUUUACAAUGAUUGGGGCUUGCUGGAUCAAUUUUUGGUAACUGCCCUACACUCAGUGAUGAAUUUUGAUUCGACCCCAGCUUCACAUCCCAUCAUUCAAACUGUUGAAACACCUGAACAAAUCAGUGAAAUCUUCGAUACUAUUAGCUAUGAAAAGGGUGCCUCUGUAAUACGCAUGUUAGAGGAUGUCGUAGGAGUAGAGAAAUUCGAAGAAGCCGUAACAAAUUAUCUCAACAAAUUUCAAUAUAAAAAUGCAGUCACAGACGAUUUCUUAACUGAAGUGGCAAAUACUGAUACAAGUUUUGAUGUCAAACUUAUGAUGCGUACUUGGACCGAGCAAAUGGGUUUCCCAGUAGUCAAUGUCAAACGAAUAUCAGCCACAACUUUUGAAGUAACCCAGCAACGUUUCUUCUCCAACGCUGAGGAUUAUGAUAAGAUCUUUGAUGAUUCGGAAUUUAACUACAAAUGGUUUAUUCCACUCACCUAUUUUAAUGACCAAGAUGACACUGUAAGACGUGCAUGGUUCCUUCCAGAGCAGCAGGCUGUGACUGUAGCCGUGCCCAUUACCAGUAAAUGGUUGAAGAUCAAUACUCAUCAAGUGGGUUAUUAUCGUGUCAAUUAUGAAGACGAAAUUUGGCAGGAAAUUAUUGGAGAUUUAGUAGCUACUCCAACAAAAUUCGAUAUCGCUGAUCGUGCUCACUUAUUAAAUGAUGUGUUUGCAUUAGCCGACGCUAACCAGGUGGCCUAUGGAAUUGCUUUGGAUAUGACCAAAUAUUUAGAAAAGGAAACGGACUUUGUACCCUGGUAUGUGGCAGCCACAAAACUUCAAGCUCUUCAAGUAAACCUCGUGAAGACGGAUAUCUACAUGGAUUAUUUGAAUUAUGCCCGCAAGUUGAUCAGCAAAGUUUACCAAGAGGUUACCUGGAAUGUGGAUGAAAAUGAUCAUCUUAAGAAUCGCUUGCGUGUUAGUGUCAUAACAGCUGCUUGUUCAUUGGGCUUACCAGAUUGUUUGAACCAAGCCGCCAGUCGUUUCAAUGCCUUCUUGGAAAAUCCCACCACCAACAAACCUGAUCCAGAUUUACGUGAAGUUAUAUACUAUUAUGGCAUGCAGAGAGUAGGCCAGGAGAAACAAUGGGACCAACUCUGGGAGAUCUUCCUCACUGAAGUUGAUGCAAGUGAGAAACUCAAACUGAUGUAUGGAUUAUCAGGCAUCAAGGAGCCUUGGAUAUUGAAAAGAUUCAUUGGUUUGGCCGCAAAUGAAAACUUUGUCCGUAGCCAAGACUACUUCACCUGCAUUCAGUACAUAGCCGCCAAUCCUGCUGGUCAUUCUCUGGUAUGGGAAUAUGUUCGUGAAAACUGGGUGGCUUUAGUGGAUCGUUUUGGUUUGAGUAAUCGUUACUUCGGCAACAUGGUUCGUGCGAUUACGAAAACCUUCACUACUGCCUCAAUGUUGGAGGAGGUGAAUGCGUUCUUUGACAAAUAUCCCGAAGCCGGAGCUGGUACUACUUCCCGCAAACAGGCUUUGGAAAGUGUGAAAAACAAUAUCAAUUGGCUUAAAAAUAAUUUGGGGGAUGUUGCAAUGUGGUUGCAAACUUGUCGGCAGUAUCCACACUCUCCGGGACGGCGCAAAGCUCGACCUGGUGAGAAAAAUGGACAUCCUCCAGCUCACAAAGACGCCUUCAUCAAGGGAUGGGACAGCAUAUUCGAGACGGAACGCAUGUUGGAUUCUAAGGCAAAAAAACCAAAGUUUGAUCGCUGUGAAAUGGGAGUGUUAACGGCCAAAAAUUUGGCAAUUUUCUUUGCCUUGGCCACCACCGCAUUUUGCAUCUCCACUAUUGUUUUGGCUGUAGAGAAAGCUGAUUUGGAAGAUGAGUUACAAGAUGCCUUAGAUAAAUUGGAUACAAUCUCCACUAUACCAACAUCCACAUCUACAAGCACUGCAUCUACUCCAACACCCUCACCCUCACCAUCAACACCAACCUCAUCACCUACAAGUCCAGGCCCUUCCGAUAGUACACCAGGAGGUGAAUCCACUACUCCCGAUGGUGAAACUACUCCGGGUGGAAGUUCAUCUACUGGAUCUACCGCAUCAUCUUCACCCACUGCCACACUUCCGCCAUGGCCUACAGUACCUGGAAGUGAUCCAACAUUCCCAACACUUCCACCCGGUCUUCCAAAUCCCGAAGAGGUUAUUCAUCGCCUACCAAGAGAAAUACGCCCUAUAAAAUAUAGACUCUAUAUUCAUCCUGAUUUGAAGAAGAACACCUGCGAGGGUACAGUUUCCGUACAAAUCGAAGUCGAUGUGCCAACCAACUUGAUAGUCAUGCAUGCCAAACAUUUGAAAAUUGAUUCCAUCAGUAUUCACAAUAUGAUGGGACGCAUGCGCAUUCGCAUCAAGAACUUCUAUUUGGCCCCAGAACGUGAAAUGCUCUUCAUUGAACUGGACGAACUUCUGUAUACGGCAACACCAUAUGUAGUUUCCAUCUCAUACGAAUGCCAAUUGGAUGGUUUAGUUGGCAUAUAUUCCAGUUCAUAUUUGGGAGCUAAUGGUGAAUCAAAAUCGAUAGCCACUUCAAAAUUCGAACCCACUUAUGCCCGCCAAGCCUUCCCCUGUUUCGAUGAACCCGCCAUGAAGUCUAUGUUCACCAUAACUCUGGUCAGGCCAACUGGAGAUGGUUAUCAUGCACUUUCCAAUAUGAAUAUUGAGAGUGAACAAGAUAUUGGCAAUGGUCUUACUGAAGUUCAGUUCGCCGAAAGUGAACCCAUGAGCACAUAUUUGGCUUGUUUUAUUGUCUCGGACUUUGCUUACAAAGAGAAAACAGUACGUGGGGUCCUUGAAGGGGCACCUGAUUUCCAAAUGCGUGUAUUCUCUACUGCCGCCCAAGUCGAUAAGGUUGAAUAUGCCCUGAAUGUGGGUGUGGGGAUUACAGAAUUCUAUAUUGAUUACUUCAAUAUUUCCUAUCCCCUACCAAAAUUGGAUAUGGCUGCUAUUCCGGACUUUGUCUCCGGGGCCAUGGAACAUUGGGGUUUGGUUACCUAUCGCGAGACUGCCUUGUUGUAUGAUAAAGACAUAAGUGCAAGUUCAAAUCAACAAAGGGUGGCCACGGUGAUUGCCCACGAAUUGGCUCACAUGUGGUUUGGAAAUUUAGUUACCAUGAAGUGGUGGAAUGACUUAUGGCUAAACGAAGGCUUUGCUAGCUACAUAGAAUAUAAGGGUGUCCAUCAUAUUCAUCCAGAUUGGGAUAUGCUUUCUCAAUUCCUUAUUGCGGAUUUGCAUGGCGUCAUGAGAUUAGAUGCCACCUUGGCUUCACAUCCCAUAGUACAGACCGUCGAAAGUCCCAGCCAAAUCACUGAGUUGUUUGACAGCAUAACCUACUCCAAAGGAGCCUCAAUUAUUCGCAUGUUGGAGGAUUUGGUUGGACCUGAGAAGUUCCGCAAUGCCACCACCAACUAUUUGAACCGCUUUUAUAUGUCGAAUGCCGAGACAAAUGAUUUCCUUACAGAAGUGGAGGCCCAGGACUUUGAGUUUGAUGUUAAGUUAAUCAUGCAAACAUGGACUGAGCAAAUGGGCUUACCUGUGGUAGAAGUUAAACGCAAUGGCAAUUCAUAUACCUUAACCCAAAAGAGAUUCUUUGCCAAUCCCGAAGACUAUGAUGGAACCUAUAAUGAUUCCCCAUUCAAUUAUCAUUGGUCUAUUCCAAUUACUUACUUCACCAGUUCUAAUCCUGAAGUUAAAGGUGCUAUUUUCAACUAUAAUGACAAUGAACUAACUGUUACCACUCCAGCUGCUGUCGACUGGAUUAAAUUCAACAAAAAUCAAGUGGGAUACUAUCGUGUCAAUUACCCCGAGGAUAUGUGGAAGUCACUGAUUGCUGCUCUAAAAACAACUCGUGGAGACCUAAGCAGUUCCGAUCGUGCUCAUCUGCUUAACGAUGUCUUUGCUUUGGCCGAUGCCGACCAAGUGAACUAUAGCAUAGCGCUUGAUUUGACUCAAUACUUGGAAUCAGAAAAAGAUUACGUACCAUGGAAUGUGGCUGCUUCGCGUUUGGGUGCCAUUAAGAAUUUGCUGUAUUUCACCGAUUAUUAUCGUGAUUUUGUGGAUUUUGCCCGUCAGCUGUUGAAGGAUAUCUAUAAGACGGUUACUUGGAAUGUUGAUGCCGAUCAUUUACAGAAUCUUUUGCGAGUUACAAUUUUAAAUGCUGCCUGUGGUUAUGGCGAGCCUGAGGCUUUGGAGGAAGCUGGCCAGCGUUUCACCGCCUGGUUGGCUAAUCCUGCGGAAAGACCCAAGCCAGAUAUUAGAUCGACUGUCUACUAUUAUGGCAUGCAAAGUGUUGGCAAUGAAGAGAUCUGGAAUCAAGUGUGGGAGCUAUUUUUGGCCGAAACCGAUGCCCAAGAGAAAUUGAAGUUGAUGGAAGCUUUGGCUGCCAUCAAAGAACCAUGGAUUUUGCAACGUUACAUCAAUUUGGCCUGGUAUGAAAACAAUGUUCGUGGACAAGACUACUUCACCUGCUUGCAAUACAUUGCUCAAAAUCGUGUGGGCCAACCUUUGGUCUGGGACUAUGUGCGUGAAAACUGGCCUCGCCUGGUUGAACGUUUUGGCAUUAACGAACGCUAUUUGGGUCGCAUGAUCCCCUCGAUUACCUCUCGCUUUGGCUCACAAACUAAAUUGGAGGAAAUGGAAGCUUUCUUUGCCAAAUAUCCUGAAGCUGGCGCUGGCACAGCCGCUCGCAAAGAAGCCUUGGAAAAUGUCAAAAACAAUAAGAAAUGGUUGGAACAAAAUCAGGCAGCUGUUGGCAAAUGGUUGGCCGAACAAAAGGAAAGUUCCACGGAAAACCGAGUCACCACCGCCGCCGCCAACAGCAUUAACUAAUUUACCCAGUAGUUAAACCAGCCGCAUUCAAAGAUAUUGUUAUGACAUUUUGUAAAUGUAUUUUAGAAAACAUCGUUAAGUCAGCCACUCCGCACCUUCUUUUUGUAAUAUAAAUCUUUCCUCCUUUCCUCUUUCCGACACUUA